UCUCAGUAAUAAUAAUAAUAUACAAGUAUUAUUGGAACUACUCAAUCGAUAUUAUUUUUCUUGAAAAAAAAAACAACAACACAAUUAAUGAGUUACAAUAAUAUAAAUCCAAUGAAAUAAAUGAUCAAUUAUUAAAAAAAAGAUAUGCCUUCUACUUAUAUUCAUUAUAUUACUAUAAACAUUAAUUCAUUAUAGUAGUAUAAUAUUUGAAAGAAUUUAAUUGAUUAUACAGUACUGUUACUAAUCAUAAUAAAUAAAUAGUGUAGUCAAUAUUACAUCAAUCUGUUUUUUGGUAAUAAUCAGUUGAAAGAGUAAUUAACAAGUUCAUUGAUAACAUAUUUGGAUAUUGUUUCAAUUUGGGGUGGGAGAAGAAAAUUCCUAAAAAAAAAAAAACAUGUAUCUUUUUAAUUCAAGAAAAAAUAUUAAAUUGUGAUUCAAUUAACUUUUAUGUAUAUAAAAGCCAAUUGCAUUUCCUCUGUGUCUUUCUAUUAGAGUAUUAUCAUUAUUAUUAUUAUUAUUACUACUACUACAUUGAUAUUGAUUUUAUACAUAUAGAAGACACAAUACAAUACACCAACACACACACACACACAUUUGCAUUUACCGAAGGGGGAGGGGAAAGAAUGAAGAGAAUUCGUCAAGACUAUUCAUCAUUCAUGAAAUAAUAUCCAAUUGAGUGCUUUCCCAUUCAUAUAUUUAUAUACUUAUCAAUUUUAUAUACACAAAAAAGUAUGAAUAAACCUAAUUCAUCUAUAACAUCAAAUCAUUAUUAUGCAAUAGAUUUACAAACAGAUUUUCAAUUACAAACACCAUGCAUUUCAAACUUUUUAGAUUAUGAUUUGUCUCCAAGUGAAUUACAUAAUAAUAAUAAUAAUAAUAAUAAUAAUAAUUUAUUAGAAGGGGGAGGAGAACAAUGCCAAGAGAUAAGUAAAAUGUCUCAGCAACAACACCACCAACAUCACCACCACCACCAACAACAACAACAGGAAUACCAGCCAAAUCAUACUGAUCAUCCACAACAAUAUGGUAAUGUUCAUUAUAUUAAUUCUCAUUUGUCAAAUUAUCCAUAUAAUCAAUAUUUACAAAGUGGUGAUUGUUUGAUAAAUUCAACAAUCAAUCCAAAUAUGAAUGAUAUGACAAUGUCAAUAAUGAAAAAAAUUGGAAUUGACAAUUAUUUUUCAUCUGAAUUACAAAUACCAAUCAAUCAAAUUUCUUCAUCUCAUUCAAAGUCAACUUUUAAUUUUGGCAAACGACAAGCAUUUCAUGAUUUUAAAGAAUUACUGCUAGAUAUUUAUCAUGAUGAGAAUGAAUCUUUCAUCAAUAAGGAUCAAGAUAAUAUUUCAAAUGGAUCACAGUAUCCGAGACCAUCUUCAAUUGUAUCGUCAACAUCAAAUAGUAUCACUUCAAUAAAUCAAAAUCAAUCCACCUUAUAUAAUGAUUCAAAUGAUAUUCAUCGAAUAGAUCCAAUAUCAAAAAGACAUAAAGAGUUACCUACUUCUAAAGAGAAUUCAGAUUUAUAUAAUGGUACUGAAAGUUUCAUCAAUAAUCAAGUCAAUGAUGAACAUAUCUAUCUAAAUGGUAAUAAUAAUAAUAAUCUAACCAAAAUACAAGAAAGUAAAUUGAUCAAUUCAAAGUUACCGAAAAGCAAGUUGGAAUUAAAAUUUUUAUUGAAUCAAGAUAAUACUAUUCAUGAUAUUUCAAAAUAUGGUAAAGUGGCUAAAACAAUUAUUACUAAAAAUGGUUUACAAAAAUUAUUUGUCAUUCGAGGACGUGUUAUUGAUACACGAAUACAAUUUCAUUAUUUAAAAUUUAAAAAUAAUACAUUAAUUAGUUGCCAUGGUGAUAAUGAUAUUGGUGAUAAUAAUGAAGAAGAUAUUGAUUUCAUGAAAAAUCAUAAAUUUAAAUUACGAUUUAAACCAUUUACAAUAUUUGGUGGAAUAUGUACACCAGCUAUUGGCUAUAAUGAUCCAAUGCAAAUACCAAAUCUAUUAACAAAACAAGAACAAUUAUGUUUUAUCCAAGCUGUACAAAAUGAUACUACUACUAAUAAUAAUAUAACAUAUAAAUUAAUGAAUGAUGGUUAUUUAGUUAUGGAAAUAGAUUUUCAUCAUUUUUGUGAUAUUUAUCAUUUAGUAUUCCCUUUUCUUAAUUCUAAAUGCCCAAGUACAUGGAAAAAAGAUGUACAUAUAACAGUUACAUUGAUUGAUGAAUAUGAUAAUGAACUAAGUAGCACUGAAUUUGAAGUUGUCAGUUGUGCCAGUCCUAUACGUGAUGCACGUCGUUAUCAACAACGUCAACGUAUAGCAGAAGUGGAAUUUACAGAAAAGAAUUUGCAUAAAACUACUGUCAAUACUGACAGUUUAUUUGAAUGGGAUCAUCAGACAAGUCAAUCAGUUUCCCAAUCCACAUCAAAACUCAGCAUUUCUGAUAUCAGCCCCAGUUCGUCUGGUUUUGGUAGUCUUUAUUCUCCUCUACCAUCGAUCACAUCUGAAGAAGAUCAUUUCAACGAAUUACAACUUUACCUAGCUCGAAAUGAGGCAUCCACUCCAUCGCAUCAUAUAACUGCCUCUGUUACUACAGAUUCUAUUGGUACUAUUAACAAUAAUAAUAGUAGUAUCAGUGAUGGGGAUAAUCAAAAGUCCGAUAUUUUAUCACCAUCGACGUCGAAUGAUGAAUUAAUUGACUUGUCUAAUUGGGACCGGUUGAAGAAGCUGAAACAUAAACGUUUGAUUAGUAAUUUGACCGAUUCAUAUACCACUGAACGUAAUCCACGAAACCUAUUCAAACAGUCGACUCAACAAAUGAGCUCUAAGACCAUGAAUUCAAAAUAUGCAAUGAAGCGACAGGUGAAAGAAAUCGAUAAUGGAUCAUGUGAUGGACAGGAAUAUGUGAUUAAAACAAAAAGUCGACGCAUUUAUCGAAUUCUCAGUCUUCUCAAUCGAGAAUUAUCAAGACAUUUAUGACAAAGCAAGUGAGAGAGGUAGUGAAAAAAAAGGGCAAAUAUGUGGGUUAAAAACCAAAAUGAAGGCAUUUGAAGUACCAAAAAAGAAUGCCAAAAACCAACACUGUUCACCAGAAAAUUCCAUUAUAUUCAUUUUAUAUUUUGUAAUACUGUUUGUAUGCGUGCAUAUGUGUGUGCAUGCACAUUACCCAUAUGCGUUUAUCAAUUCCUUUUUUUAUCUUUUCUUCUCUUCGUUAGCUUUUCUCUUUUACUUUCCUUUUCUUCUUGCUAUUAUGAACAAUUACUAUGCUUAUUUAUUUGAGAUACCGUAGGUAGUAUGAAGCGUAAGUUUCAUCAUUGUUUUUUUUAUACCGAGAACACACUUAUUACCAUUGAAUGCAUUUGCUUGUCCGUAUAAAUAUUGUAUACAAUCCAAUCCAAUAUAGUGGAAACUAUGUAAUGUGAAUUCAUUUAGAAAUAGACUUGAUUUGUUGAUGGGUAGGUGGGUCGGUGUGUAUAUGUGUGUUUGGGGAGAGGAUUUGUUUUUUUACAUUGACAGUCUUUCUUAAUUUUUAGUGCUUUUAAUAAUAUUUUCUUUUUGUUUUUCUCUGUUAUUUUGAUAAAUUUUCUAAAAAAUCUAUCUUUAUAGAAAUUUCUAGUUUCAUUUAUUGGUUUUUAUCGAAUUGUUUUUUCUAUAUUAUCUUUGAGACUACCCAAUAAUAUUUGAGUAGUAUAAAUAAUAAUAAAAAAAUAAUGAUUAUAGGCUCUAUACGCCUAUAUGUCUUUUCUUAUUCCGAAUAGUGACAAUGCUUUCCUUUUCUUUUCCUUCUUUCUUUUCUUUCAAUGUUCCCAACUGUUCAUCUUAUACCAGAGAUAUUAAUGGAUAAAAAAAUAAUUGUUUGCAUUUAAUUUAAUACUAAGCCAUUCUAACACUGUUUUUGAGUUCUCCUGCUUUUCCUGCACCUUGUUUUCACUUACCACAUUGCUUUUAAUUAGUUUCAUCAUCUUGAUUGAUGUUGACAUAUUUGAAGAGUGUUUGUUUUUUUUACUAUGUCAAAAUCAUUUUUAAUCCAUGUUGCUCAAAAAUAUUUUUGUCUAAGUUUUACAAAAAUUUUUUUUGUUUUUUGUUUUGUUUUGUAACCUUAUGGCAUUUCUUACAUAGAACGAGAGAAAAAAAGCUAAACCCCCCACAAUAAAAGAUGAUCCAAUUGAAAGGGGGGGAUGAGAAAGUAGAAUAAUUUUUUCUUAUUUAUCCAUGUUACUAACUAACAGUAAAAAAGAAUCAUUUAUAUUAAUGUGUGUUUUUAUGUGUGUGUGUGUUUGUGUGAAUUCUUUCCUGAAAAAAUAGUAACUAGGCGCAAGAUUAUCAUGAACCCUUUUUUCUAUAAAAAAAAGAAAGAAUAUUGUUUUAUCCAUUGUAAGCAUUUUAAAUGCAUUUCAUUCUUAUUUCCUAGUUCUUUUAUAUUACUUAAGUCUCUGCAUUCUUCUCUUUUUUGCUCUGGAAAGCACUUAUGUAUACAGGCAUUUGGAUAACAGUUUUCGUUAUUAUUUUUAUUGGGGGGGGAGGGGGUUUCUUUAUCAGAAGCCAAAUUGUUUUCAUUCGUUGUCGUUUGUCUUUUCUUACCCUGUUCUCAUUCUUAUUCUUAAAUAAAUGUGUGCAUAGUAUUA